AUGGGGAAGGGGGGAAACCAGGACGAGGGGGCCACCGAGCUUGAGGCGCCGAUGCCUACCUUCCGCUGGGAGGAGAUUCAGAAGCACAACCUGCGCACCGACAAGUGGCUGGUCAUCGAUCGCAAGGUCUACAACAUCACCAAAUGGUCCAGCCGGCACCCCGGGGGGCAGCGGGUCAUCGGGCACUACGCCGGGGAAGAUGCUACGGACGCCUUCCUGGCCUUCCACCGCAACCUUGAUUUUGUGCGCAAGUUCAUGAAGCCCCUGUUAAUUGGCGAGCUGGCCCCCGAGGAGCCCAGCCAGGACCGCGGCAAGAAUUCCCAGAUCACCGAGGACUUCCGGGCCCUGAGGAAGACCGCUGAGGACAUGAACCUGUUCAAGAGUAACCAGCUCUUCUUCCUUCUCCACCUGGCCCACAUCAUCGCCAUGGAGAGCAUCGCCUGGUUCAUUCUCUUCUACUUUGGCAACGGCUGGAUUCCAACCAUCAUUACGGCCUUCGUCCUUGCUACCUCUCAGGCCCAGGCUGGAUGGCUGCAACAUGAUUACGGCCACCUCUCUGUUUACAAGAAGUCCAUGUGGAACCACAUCGUCCACAAGUUCAUCAUCGGUCACUUAAAGGGUGCCUCUGCCAACUGGUGGAACCAUCGCCACUUCCAGCACCACGCCAAACCCAACAUCUUCCACAAGGAUCCAGAUGUGAACAUGCUGCACGUGUUUGUCCUGGGCGAGUGGCAGCCCAUUGAGUACGGCAAGAAGAAGCUGAAAUACCUGCCUUACAACCACCAGCAUGAGUACUUCUUCCUGAUUGGGCCGCCGCUGCUCAUCCCUUUGUAUUUCCAGUACCAGAUCAUCAUGACCAUGAUCGUUCGAAAGGACUGGGUGGACUUGGCCUGGGCCAUCAGCUACUACACCCGUUUCUUCAUCACCUACAUCCCUUUCUAUGGUGUUCUGGGAUCCAUCCUUUUCCUCAACUUCAUCAGGUUCCUGGAGAGCCACUGGUUUGUGUGGGUCACACAGAUGAAUCACAUCGUCAUGGAGAUUGACCGAGAGCCCUACCGCGACUGGUUCAGCAGCCAGCUAGCAGCCACCUGCAAUGUGGAGCAGUCCUUCUUCAAUGACUGGUUCAGUGGGCACCUCAACUUCCAGAUCGAGCACCACCUUUUCCCCACCAUGCCCCGGCACAACCUGCACAAGAUCGCCCCCCUGGUGAGGUCCCUGUGCGCCAAGCACGGCAUUGAGUACCAGGAGAAGCCGCUGCUCCAGGCCCUGCAAGACAUCAUCGGGUCCCUGAGGAAGUCUGGGCAGCUGUGGCUGGACGCCUACCUCCACAAAUGA